GAUUUCAGUUUCAGUUUUGAAGAUCACUCGUUGCGAAGCGGACGCCCAGCAAAGCGGAAAGAGAAAGCUGAAGCGAUUUUUAAAAACCACAAUAAUUCUCAACUCGAACUUCAAUUCGAACUCUGUAAAAAUUAAGCAUAUUUUGUGUACUUAAGACGUGAAUAAAUAUUGACAAGAAAUUCAAAUCAAACAAAGCUGGUCGAGAAAAUAACACAACACUUCCCCAUAUAAUAUAACCCAAUAUCAAUGUCAAGCGAUCGUGAAAACACUCGAUCGUUCCAAAUCCGGGGUCAGAAGCUCUCCGGCUGAUUAACACUCCGCAUCUCCUCCGCUCCGAGCGAAAUAAAUAAACAAAAAACCAGGCAAUAACACACAAAUACGGCAAAUACGAACGAAAAAAAAAAAAAAAUUAACAGAAACGCGCGGAAUAUAGAAAAACACGUUUAGUACAAAAAAGGCGCUCGCGUACCAAACCGCACAAAAAAAGAAGAAGAAAAACAACAACAACAAUUUAACCAAAUAACAAAUAACACAAAUUGUUGUCGCUUUUGUUAUUGAAAAACACGCGCACACGCAUUCGAAAUUAAAGGCCCUGAUUCUGGCCAUUACCAAAUAUGUCCAAAAGCUGAGCUUGAAUCGAGAUCGCGGCAAUUCCGACCGAGCUUGUAACCCGAGCAGCCGUGACCGCAGAAAAACUCAUUAAAGAUACUAGAUAUCUAGAUAUAUAACACACCACUACUACUACUACCAUUACAAAAAACGCUGGAAGAUGGAGCGUUCGCACAGCUGUAGUAAUUUCGAGGGCAGGACGGGGUCCAAGGUCGAUGGUACCGUAGAGCAAUUGGCUGGUAGCAGUGAUCACCUGCCCAGCGCCCACUUUCCGCCCAAUAAACCGCUGCGCAGGCGCAGAAAAUUACAAAGACAGCAGUCCGCCGUAGAUACGGAUGAUAUGGAAUAUGCUGCCGAUCUAGAGGAGAAUGCUGAUCCGGAUGUGGAGAAUAUAACGCCAGCCGUUGCCUUGCCUUUAAGACAUAUAUCCACCACCAGUACCCGUUGCCUGCGCCAUGAAGAAUCCUUUGAAUCCUCCAGCACGGCACCCGAACUGAGUCCUCAGGCUCUGAGACAACAGAGAUUUAGUAGUCUACUCCUUAGGGAUAGCUCAGUAUCCGUACAAUCCGACUCAAGUCGGUACUCAAGUGUGGAUAGCUUACUGGAGGCCCGCAAACCCGAUCCCGAAGCCAUACUCAUAAAUCUGGGCUUUGGACCACUCAGCUCCGAGGAUAUGUUAUCCCGUAUACCAAGAAGAUUUCUGAAACCAUCACAAGUACCUGGAAUCGAUACCGAUGCCUUUGUGCAAAGACUGACUUUGGCCCGAUCUCUGGCCGAUUCGAGUGUCCUGGGCUAUAGGGGUCUAACCGGAAAUCCCGAUAUGCCACCAUCGUCCAUUGUGGCCAGCAUUAUGAAGCGUUUCGAGGUCAAUCAUCAUCGGAAAAACUCCAUGGGUUCCAUCAAGCCCACUAUACAAUAAGGCCCAUGGAAUAAACUCUCAGCCAUACUCCAUUAAAAUUAGUUAGCCAAAUAGAGGAUAUUUUUUGUUACUUAUAUUUGUUGCCAGGCGGGGUUUUCGGUGACCGGUGACCUGUGACCCCUGUGAUCUUGUCUUGUCUUGUCCAUUAGUCCUUAAAAGUGCCGCGUACUUAGCUGUGUACCUCUGUAUUAUUGUAUAAUAUCAUUACAUUAAUUAUUAAUUUUUUGUCAACUAUUGUCAAAACUGUUUUUAAGUAUGAAUUAAAGAUGAUAUUUUAUGUUAA